UUGGAGCAGCCUGGGCUGGUGGGAGGUGUCCCUGCCCAUGCAGGGGGUUGGAUCUGGAUGAUCUUUAGGGUCUCUCCCAACCCAAACCCCUCUGGGAUUCAACGAAUGUCAAGUUUUCUCAUCGUGGCUCCACUGCUGUGAUUCUUUCUUGAGUGGUGGUGCCAAACCUUGUUGAUUUUUAAAUGUUUGGUCUCUUUUUUGUUUUCGGCAAGUGCUCCCUUUUUCCUUCGGUUGCAGAGGGGACAGGCUGGCGUUUGUUGCCUCAGCUGCGUCUCAUCACAGGGAUUGUUUCCCCUGGCAGUGUCUUCCUCAUCAGUUGCCUGCAACCUGCACAUCAUAAAUUGCAAGCUUGAGAGGUCAACAUUUGAUACCAAGUCAACAAAUGGGAUGUAGCAUAGAACUGGUUAAGGCCCUUCCCCCAGACCUGGCAGAGCUGGGACGUAUCCACAGCUGGCAGAUCCAGGUACCCCAGACACCUUGGGAGCUGUGUCCAAAGCUUGGCAGAACCAAGGGCAGAUGCUCCCUGGCUCCUCGUGGGCUUUCAAGGUUGAACUGACCCCAGCCUCUCAACCAGGGAGCUGCUGGUGACACGCCUGGGUUGCUCUCUGGGUUUCCUUUUUGCAGAGCUUCUCUGUGUGGACAGUGAAAUCUCUCAGCUGCCCUCUGAAAAUUGGUUCUGUGUAGGUGUGAGGGGAAUGAAAAAGAAGAGCUGCUGCUGGCUCGUGUCUAGAGCUCUUGCUGCCUGGAGAACUCUCUGGAAGUGCUGUCAGCAGCUUGGAGGGUCUGCUCACCUGCUCUCCUCAGCAGCUCUGCCAGCAGCAGCACAGCAGAGGUGUUCUGCAUGCUGAUGAGACGUUGGGAAAGCACAGGCAGGACCAAAGAGAGACAAACAAAACACUGCAUCCAAAUAGAAUCAUGUGAUUUUAUUUCAUUUUUCCUGAGGUAAAAUGUGUUUUCUGUAUGUGUGUGAUUUAAAAUCCAGCUGAACUCCCAAGGACAGGCUUUAAUCCCUGGAUGGCAUUUUAAAAUGCUGUCGGAGCAGGAGGGAAGCUCUGGUGGAAGUGAGGGAGAGCAAAGCUGAGUCUGCACUUCUGAAAGUCUCAUUUUCUGUGACCUGCUCCCCCUUUGGUUGAUUGCUUAAUCAUGCCACAUAUUUUAGGAGUGAUGUUGUGAAGAUCCAUCUCUGCAUGCUUGAGAAAGUACAUGGAUGUUUUGGAAACAGAAGGUUGUGUGGACACCUCCACAGAGUGAAACUGACGUGUAGUUUUGUAUCCUCAGGAGGAGCUGAACCAUUUUUCUGUUGGAGACACAGUUUUGUGGAGGAGCCACUGAAAUAAAUGCUGGCUUUCUGGGUGUGGUUCCAUAGUAGCUUUUUUUUUUCAUUCCCCAUUUUUCUGCCUUUCAUAUAAACCUUUCUUCCUUCACAAACACGUGAACAACCUGUUUUCCUUUAUUUGGCAGAUCUUUGGCUUGUCAUUUCAUGAAGGUGACCACUGUUUCUCUCACCUCUAACUCUGCUAAUUGUAAUUUUCUUUUUUUGACUUCUUUCCUUCAGCUUGUUCUGCAGCUGGAUGGAGAAGCAGCCUGGUUCCUGCAGUGCCAUGGGUGACUGCUGCUUUUGGGUCCUUCCCUAGCUGCUAAAGACACCAGGAUUUGGUGAUGGAGGCUUUGCUGGAAGGAAUGCAGAGAAAUGGGCAGGGGGGCAGAGGGUUCUUGACUUCCUGCGAGGCUGAGCUGCAGGAGCUGAUGAAGCAGAUUGACAUCAUGGUGGCUCACAAGAAAUCAGAAUGGGAAGGACAGACACAAGCCUUGGAAGCUUGCCUGAGUGCUCGAGAGCAGGAACUUUCCUCAGUCAGGGCUGCUCUGCAAGAAAAGGAAAAGGAGGUAGAAGACUUGGAAAAAGCCAAACAGGACAUGGUUAGAGAAUUUGAACAACAGCUGAGGAAAUUUCAAGAGGAGUUGUCCAGGCUGAGGAGGAGCUAUGAGAAGCUGCAGAAGAAGAAGCUAAGAGAAGCUAGAGGAGAUGCUAGCAAGAGACAAGGGGAAGAUGAGUUUGAAAUUAGUUGCCUGACCAGGAAAUUGGAGGAGUUCCACCAGAAAUCCCUGGACUGGGAGAAGCAGCGUGUGCUCUACCAGCAGCAGGUGGCAUCACUGGAAGCACAGAGGAAGGCUCUGGCUGAGCAGUCAGAGCUCAUGCAGAGCCAGCUUUCCGGUCGGAGGCAGAUGGUGGAGUCGGUGGAGCUGGCCAGCCAGUUGGAAGUGCAGCACUUAACCAGCAAGCUGGAGAGGGCCAGUGAUGCUCUCUGUGCCAGCAAGUUGGAGGUGGAGAGGCUUAACGUCAGAGUGGACAGCCUGACUGAAAGCAGUCAGAUGAUUCUGGAAGAUCAGCAAAGAGUUCAAGAAGAAUUAAGGCAAUCCAAGAAAAUGUUAGAGGUGCUACAGGAUGAGAAGAUGGAGCUUAGAGCUACCUUGCAGGCUCAGGAAGAUUUCAUUGACCGCUCCAAGCUGCACCAGGAACAGCUACAGAAAGAGCUGGCCAGGGUGACUGAAACUCUUCACAGAAAAGAACUCCUCAUCAGGGCCUUGGAGGAACGCUUGCAAGAGAAACAAGUGUCCUCUCUGGGGCUGGAGGAUGGGCUCCUGCAGCUGGAUGUUGCCCAGCAGAAGGAACAGCACUUGCAGCCAGAAGUGACUCAUCUGGAGGACAGCCUGGUGUCGUUGAGCUGUGCACAGCUGGGUGGAGAGCUGCACGAGAGGAGCCAAGAGCUGCAGGCACUGGAAGAACACCAUCCUGAGUCCAAGGCAGAGAUGGAAAAGCUGAAAGAGCAGCUCUCUCAGGCUGAACAAACUCACAGCAGUGAGCUAGAAGAGAUGAAAAGGGAAAUCUCCAGGUUGACACAGGAGCUACAGCAGCGGGACAUCACAAUUGCAUCUGCAAGUGGCACCACAUCUGACCUAGAACAACGGCUGAGAGCAGAGUUUGAGAGAGCAGAGAUUGAAAGAGCAGAGAGGAAAGCUGUGGAGCACAGGGUACUUCUGGUCCAGCUGGAAACCCUGAGGUUGGAAAACCGCCUUCUCUCGGAGAUGCUGAAGAAGGCAGAGUGCGGAAUGCUUGAGGGAAAAGGUGUCACCCUGAAAGCACUGACUGAAGACUAUGCUGCUGAACUUAAUACAUUAAAAUCUGAGAACCAGCAAUUGAAGAAGGAUCUUGCAGAGGCCAGAGCAAAAGUGGAGCUUGCUCAGCAGGUCUGCCAGGAUGAGGGCACUGCUCAGCAGCUGCAGGACAAGGAGCCUGAAGCCAGGGACGUGCAGUACAGGGUGACUCGAGAAGCACAGCACAAACCUGAUGAGCAAGCAGAGAGGAUACCCCACACACCUGAUGGGACUAUUCUGCACCAUCAAGGGGAGCCCCAGAGGUGGGGUGCUGCUGAAACAGGAGCUGUGACCCCUGCGACGGGUGAGCUGCCCACCCAGAGCUGCAGGGAAAACUGCAUGGAGUCAUCUGCUUUGGGUGCUGUGCUGGGAGUGGAUUCUUUGCUCCAUGUGCUGGAUGGAAACAAGGAUUUUGCAGGGGAAGCACCUAAGCAGUCCAUCCUGGAUGAGCAGAGGGCAUCUGUGCCUUUGUGCCUGCUGCCUACAGCUUCAGUUGGAUCAAUAGCUGCCAGAUACCUGAAAGAGGAAGAACUGAGAUCCCAGCACAUCCUGGAGUGCCUGAAUGCUCACAUUGAGGACCUGAAGAAAGAGAGUGAAAAGAUAGUGAGAGAAUUUGGACACCAGGAGUAAGGUUUCUAAUUGAAUUUGAAUGCUGGUUUAGUGACAUGGUUCCAAACUGCCCCUGGGGAGGUGCCUAGAAACCUGUUGCCAUCGGAGCUUUGGUGAGAGGCUGUUCCUCCUCCUUGGAGCUGAGUCAGCAGGGUGGAUCCUGAGGGAAGGAACCUCCUCUCUGACAUGACUGAGCUGAUGGAAGGUGCUACACCACAAACACUUCAGCUUGCUGCAGGUCAGGAAGCUGCAGCAGAGGUGUGUGUUUGGACACUCACUCACAAAGAGUUUAUGGUGUUUUUUAGAAGCAAACUAUUUGCUGAUUUUAAUGUAUUGUAAGUAUAUUUUAUGCAUAUAAAAACAUUGAAAUAAAAUGAAAUGGAAAAAACCCA